AUACAACUCCAAAAUCCCAAUACCCAUUGCUGGAUUUGCUGCACUGAGGGCUGAGGCUGGGAAACCCUGCUACAAAACAUGGCGGAUGGUGCAGCCAAUCUUCAAGAAACCCUAAAACCUUUUUACCAGAGAGCGUCAGAUGCAGAGGAUCGCUUGGCAAGACUUGAAGCCUCUCUUGCCAGCAAGAAUAAUUCUGGAAACGAGCAAUUGGCAACAAGGGUUCAGGAACUCCAGUCAAAGUUGGAAGAUGCAAAAGUUGAACUUGCUGCGGAGAAAGAGAGGGCUCUGAAAGAGGCGCAACAGCUUACUGCAGAAAAUGCAAAACUCCAAUACCGUAUUAUACAUCUCGUACGAGCCUUAAAGCAAGCUGAUUGCAAGAUAGCAUCAAACCAAGGUUGCCGGUGAAUCUUCUACCAUUUUCAAGUUGCCCCAAGCUAUAGUCUAUAUAGAUGUGUCAGAUGUUCUCAUACUCAACUUGUUCUGCUGUUAUGGACCAGGAGGGCCAGUGAAGGAUACAUCUACCUGGCAUAUUGGUACUGUUUUGUCCCCUUUGGUUCUUGAAGACACUACACAGUUGACAGUCCUAUCAAAAUGAUGAACACAAUCAUGUGGACUUCUUAGAAGCAAAGCUUCAAAUUAUUGGGAUUUCUUAUGAUUCUGGGAGGGAACAUUUUCUUGAAUCUCAAGUUUGAAAUUAUUAAAAGAAGAGAAAGUGCUAGUUUGCAUUAAAAGCUUUUGCAUUUAUUGAUGCACGUGAAAACGGUUUAUAUUUA